CCUGCAAAUAUUCCAGCCAUCCAAUUUAAUCGAGCGAAUUCCAAAUUCUCGCGUGAGCGAGACCAUUCUCGCGGAGAGUGAGAAAGAGAGAGAGAGAGAGAGAAAGAGAGAGAGAGAGAGUGAGAGGAUGAAUGACAGACGAGAUCGCGUGAAUCGUUGAAUCGAGUUGAAAAAAAAAUGGAAAGACAGUUGGUGUGUAGCAGCGGCAACAACAGCGGCUCCAGUCUCUCAGCGCUAUUUACGACACUACGGUGCUCGUAAUAAUCAUCCUAACCUUCCUACUUGCUCGUUACAUUAUCCAUUUACUGCUACCGAUCCUUACGUGCGCUCCUCCUUCGUGGCUCGUGACGUUAUUUCGUGGCGUUUCUGGUCACCAACUGGAUAGGAUGCCCAUACAUGCUCGAGACACGCUCGUCGUCAAACGUUUUCAAACGAUCUUCGAUUCGUGCGUGGUAUAAUUUCGAGUAACGAUCGAGAUCGUAUGGACAACCUACACGUGCACCGAAUAUAAUACAAUUGAGGACGGUUUCACCCAGGGCCCAGAGAAAGAGAGAGAUAGAGAGAGAUAGAGAGAGAGAGAGACAAUAAAGAUUACGGUGAUAAUUUACAGGCAGCGUGACGCACGCCCGAUCGAAAUAUUUACUUACCCUUACGCGCUGGCUUGGAUCGAUCGAGGAAACUCGCGCGUCACGCACCGUGCGUCAUCAGUUUGCUACCAAGAAUUAUUCGUGUGUGGACGAGCGAGUCGGCCAGACGACUCGGCCGAGGCGCGAGAAUCUCGUUGGGAAAAACGCAUCCUCACGGCAACGGGGAAUGGAAGAACGAAAGGUGAAGAAAACUCGCGUGGCGGACUCGUCUGGCGGCGGCUCUUUCCUCUUUGCUCUUUGCUGCUUCGACGAAUUACGAAUUAUGGCUUAACGGAGGCUUGUAUAUGUACCAUACAUAUGUACAACGUGGAUGUGCAAUGAUGGAGUACGAGAGUACGAGAUCACAACAACAACAACAACAACAACAAUAACAACAACGACGAGAGAAUCGGCAAUCGAUGAAUGGCUGGCCUGAAACUCCGAGGCGGGGAGUCGUCCAUCAGCCGGCUUCUUCGCCGAAAGUCUUUGGUCUUUAGCUGGUUUGUCGGUGUCGCGUCGGGACCGUUGGCCGGGUGGAAGGAAGGAAGGAAGGAAGGAAGGAAGGAAGGAAGGAAGGAAGGAAGGAAGGAACGAAAGAUCGAUAGGAACCGCUUAUUCGAGGAUUGCUAGUGUUAGAGGGAAAAAGUAUCGCAUAUAUAUAUAUAUUAUUACGUUCGAAUAAUUGAAAGUAUCUUUCUUUAAUUUUUUUUAAUUUUCAUGGAAUUUUCUAUAAACGAUAUUCUUUCAAUUGUUCGAAAUACAGGAAUAACAGGGAUGUAAACACAGGGAUUGGUUAGUGACAACGAUGAUGCAUCGCAUCUAACAAGAUCUACGCUACUACAGAAAUCGACGAAUCGUGCACCAGCCUCUUUCUAUACUGAUAUAACAACUUUUAAUAAGAUAGAUUAAAUGGUGGUGCACAAUUCACGCAGGAUCACAAGGUAAGCGGGAUAAGAAGUAGAGAAACGGAGAAGAGAAGCCAGUGGGGAGAGAAAGAGAGAGAGAGAACAGGCGAGUUACGCGUUCAAGAGGUUAGGCAAACGAAAGACGAAGAACAAACAAAGUAGACGGGAUGACGUGGAACGAGCAACAGGUAAUCGUUAGUCACGUGCAAAGAAUACGUGGCAUGCCGAUAUAGGAUUGUGUUACAUUCGUUAUUUACAGACGUGCAAAGUAUUUCCUCCCUAUAUAAUACGUUGUAAUAUAAUACUCGAAAAUAUUAAUCCUCUUUUCGAGAAAAACUACUCUUUCAAACGGAUGCACCUCCCCGAUAAAGAUCCCUCAUAACCAAGAGUUAUCGUCUGUGAAAAGGAAAGCGAAGAGAAUUUGAAUGGACAUUAAGUACGAAAGCAACCGAGCCAUGCCUCUGCUCGAAUCGUUCGUUGAAAAUCGGGCGAACCUGGUGACUUCGAUGCCCGCUCCGUCUUCGAGGCGAUCGACCGAGGCAGUCUCGGGCGACGGGUUCUCCAACGUGCCGAAAAUUCUGGAGAUUCAGUUACCUUUGAGGAUCGCUACGAAGGAGGAUCUGGUCGCCUGGGCCAGGUACGUGAUGGGUUUGAUGGCGUCCCGUAUAAACAUCACGCUGACCACGGUGAAAGAGUCGCCCUCGAGAAUCGCAGGGAGAGCGGAGAAGAUCGCGAAGCAGGCAUGGCAGUAUCCGCUUAGAAACACGGCGUAUCGUUAUUUCGAAGGCGAUGGAUCCACGGCCGACGACGGCCGACAUUUCUUAAAGAGUUUCGAGAACACGAGAUACGCGGAGAACGUGAGAAACGUUGGGAGCAUCGAUCGGGACAAGAUACCCGCGGCUGUCAGGAUCGUGGGGGACCUCGAAAACUCGGUGCAAAAUGUUCAGCCGUCGAGGGUGUACUCCGGCUCCCGGUCGCCAACGAUAGCCACGGUCGACGGAGCCAUCGGCAAGAGUUCGUUCAACGACCGACGACUUUUCCAACCGAUUUUCGGCAUCUCGGAUAGCACGAUUCCAACCCCUCUCGGCAUAAGUAUCCCGAGGCCUGGAACCGGCAAGGAUCCAGACGCGAACGAUUCGUUCGGCGCGAAUUUUUUGAAAACGGGAGAUCGGCAAUUGUUCGUCCCCCAAUUCCCCAACUUUGGGCCGGCCAUCGAGCUGAAACCCAGCGACAUCUUUCCAGACACGAGCGCCGUCUCGCCCCCUACCAGAGCUUAUCUGCCCGUGACCACGACCACCGUCGCCGCCGACAACGUCGAGUUUCCCAACGAUCCGUUCGUGGCUAGAUAUCUGUUCCACGGGAGGAACGUUUCGAGCAACCUGCUUCCGGACAUCGUUGCUCCGCUCUUCGCAGACGAGAUUACCUCCGCCCCGCCAACGAGAAACCUUCCCCUCGCCCCAUCUCGAAACGACAGGAACACGAGCUCGCCGACGCCUCUGCUCAACGUUCCGUUCGAGGCGGUGAUCACGUUCACGCGCGACCAGCCUUACCACAUCCGGGCAACCACGUCGAGGAACGUCGAGGGUGGCGAGUAUUCCGCUCCAGAGGACCCUCAACGGGAUCGAUUUCCACCCUACUUCGACACCUCGAAUCACACGUUGACCAACGAAUCCGGCCAGAUCAACGUCGUGCUCGACGAUGAAGGGCGCGCGGUCGAGGCAGGGCUUCUGGGGGAGAAGGAGGAGAGGAAGAAGGAGGAGAGGAAGAAGGACGAAGGCUCGAAGGGGGAGAAGUCGAAGAAACGGAAAUCCGAGAAGAAGACGUCGCCCCUCGGCCAGUUGAUCAAGUCGUUCGCGGCGCUCAGGAGGAAUUCCACCCUGGCGACGAAUCUUGCCCCCCCUCUUCCGUUCAAACAGCAAGCCUCGUCGACCACGCAGAGGAUUCCCUCGCGUCAGAGAGCACCGCCACCGACCAGGGCGCAGCUCUACUCUACGGAGAAACCAUCUUCUUCGCUCAGACAAGAAAGACGUAAUCUGACGUCUCUGGGGCAACAACGAAUCGAGGACGACUUGGAGGAAGGGAGCGAAGAAGUUAGGACGAGGGAGGAGGGCGAGAGCAAGGAGAGGGAUGUCGAGGUCGAGGGAAGAAUCGAGAACGAAGCUUCCAGCGAAGAAAAUUCUGACGAGGACGAAGAGGAGGAGAAAGGAGGCGGUCCUAUCAAGGCUAUCAUCGAUCUUCUUCAACUCGCAGCGCCAAUUUUGGAAGAUCUGAGCGACCCUGAAUCCGACGCCGACAUCGCCGAUGUGCUCGAAAUAGGGAUCCCGUUGCUUCAAGACUUGUCGCAAGGAGACGACGAAACGCCAGGUGUCGACUUUCCAGGAUUAUUGGUCCCGAUUUUAUUGCAAAUUAGCGGAGAGGACGGGCAGAGGGAUUCAGGCGCCAUUUUGACACCGUUGCUUCAGCUAAGCGCGCCGCUCAUAGGACCCCUCGUUGGUCCCCUGGUCGGACCGUUGAGUCGCCAGAGCAGCCAGCCUGCAGGUCAAGGAUCAUCGAUAAGUGACUUGAUCAAAGGUCUCUUGGCUCCGUUGCUCGAGCCAAUCGGCCCGUACGGAAAGAUGACGCAACUUUCGAACCUGAUCGCCGGAAUUGUCUCUAGUCUUAGCAAAAAUUCAGGGGCUGGUGGCGCGUCCGACUUGACGAGCCUCGUGAAAGCAGUGGUCGCCGGAUCGGUGGCAGGAACGAGCGCAGGCUCGAGCGGGAACAAAGACUCUUACGGAGCGCAUGCUGCGUAUGGUACAGACAAUUCUUAUAACGCUUACGCCAAUUGCCAACGACCAGGCGCGGAGGGUAGGUGCUAAAGAAUUUCUUUACAACAGAGUCAAUGCGAUCGAGGAUCGGUUCAUAAAUCAUUAAUUUUUAUCCUUAUUUGCGAGAAUCUAGUUCACAGCCUUCGUUCCCGUGUCAUGGAAACAAAAUAAAAGUCGAAUGAUGAUGAAUCCUUGUCACGAUGGUCCAGUAUGCGCGCGCGUAAAAAUUUCGCAACUGUUUAGCUUUAAAUUAUACGAGAUUUCUACUCGAGCGAUUAUUUGCAUUUAAUUAGAUCCGUUAUUAUAUCGAUUUCUAUAAGAUUAUAUCGAUUUCUUUAACAAUUUUAAUCAUCGUGUAUACGAUAUACUAUUCGAUAAUUUAGAGAACGUGUUCUAAUGUGUUUGAACGUUCGAUUCAUAAAUUCUUUGAAAGAGAAUGACUGUUGUAUGAAACGUGUUACAACAGAGACAUAAAAAUUCAAACUGUUGGUAUGAUGAAAUCCGCAUUAUAAAUAUUAUUGUUAAUAAAAUUAUUUUCAUUUGCUUUGCUAAAAAUUCUUUGAGAGCUUGCGGUAUCGUUGUAUUAUAUAUUUCCUUUUUUUUAUGAUAGGUCAGGUUUAUUAAUUAUUACCAUAAAUUGCAACAAUAUAAAUGCAAAUUAAUAGAAGAGAUGAAACGAAAAUCAAUUAUUACAAGGAUUAUUAAUUAGAUAAAUAAGCGAUAGAUAUUAUUAAUUAGUAUGUAACUCGGAUUUGUUCUUCUUUUUUCUUUUUUUUUUUUUUUUUUUUUUUUUUUUAAAUUGCGCAAGAGACCAUCAAUUGGCAAUUGAAUUACGCGAGAAAUUUUUCUUUCAAAUGCUAAUUAAACAUGAAAAUUAAUAUUCUACAAAUAUUCUUUCUUCCUUUUUUUUCUAUUUUACUUUUUUUUUUUUUUUUAUUACCAUGUAAUUGUGCGGUCACACGUUUAAAAAAAAAUAUCUAAUUAAAUAUUUCUUGUCUCAGAAUCAUCAGAGUUUAGCGUUAUUUAUUAUUUAUAUAUAUAUACUUCAAAAAAUAUUUCGUUACGACUGACGAAGAUAUUCCCAAUUUUUUUUUUUUUUAUCUGAAAUUUCUUUUAUCUGAAAAUUUUUUUUUUUAUAUCCGUUCGAUGAUUCUUCUUUGUGACGCGCACCAACUGCAAAGUUUAAGGUCUAGGACUGUGUACCCUUUCGUUCGAAAAUUUCGCAAGUUUGUCGCGCGUUACGCAACAAUACCGAUUCGAAAGACUUUUACUCUCAACAGCGACCUCACGGUUCGUUCGAUGGAGCUUUCUAUUUCAUUCUUACGCGUAUAUAUAAUUCAUAACUAUAUAACGUUUAUUAACACCGGUUCGAGACCGCUUUUAAUAAAAAAUCGACGAAAAACAUGAAAAAAGAUGAAACCAAAUUCAAAAUAGCCACGUAUACUAACGAUGUCAUUUACUGAAAAUAUGUGCGGGAAAAAAGUGGAAUAUUUAUUGGAAUUUUGCUUGAAAAAUUUCAUGACGCGAUCGUCCGCGUCAACCCGCCAUAGGAUAGAAAAUCUCCAUGAAGAGUACGUCCCAUCACUGGUCUCGAAUAUUGAGGAAAUUUAUUUCGUUAAGUUAAUCGAAAUCCGAGGCAAUAAAAGAAAAAAACUUGUUUUCGAGGGAGAAUAUUUUAAAAUUUGAGUUAAAAUUUUUCGAAAACAAAAAAUACCUCGUAAAGAACAUUCUUUAAUUGAAAACGAAUUUUGAAGUUUUUUUUAAUUCCUAUACAUAUUUUAAUCGUGCGUCUCGAAUUCGUUUUUUGAACGAAUAUUCCAUGUGAAAAUCAAAAUCAAUCUCGAUUCUCCGUAAUCGAAAAAAAUCCUUCUGCGACAAGAGAAUUUCGAAUUCGUUCCAAUUUACAACUUUUACUUUCCCAUCGAUUAAAUGCGAUCGUAUUUCAUGGCGAUUCACCUUAUCCAUGGACCCUUUUGUGCACACAUAAUAUAAUUAUAUAAACGCAUAUCGUGCACGGACUUGCGUAAUCGCGCACGGCGAUAUCGUUACUGCGAGUUUAAGAAAGAAUUUAACAAGGGGACAUCUCUUCGGGGUCAAAGUUUUUUUCCCAGAAUUUUUUUGCCACGAUAGACUUUAUUCAGACCUAACGAUAGAUUUUUGCAACGCUAUAUUAUACUCUCGGGUAUAAUGAGGCAUUUAUUGUCGAUCACAAUAGGGAAUGGGAAUUGUACAUUUUAUUUCGAGUAGUAAUACGUUCAUGGAAAGAGAAUUAUAUUUGGAAUUCGUUAAAAAUAAUAAAUACAAAGUGUAGCAAGUGGAUAGUAAAUAAAUCUGUACGUAUAAAUAGUA